GCUUCGCACCUGAACAGUUGUUGGUGUGUUUUUCUGGGGUCACUUUUUACUUUCUUAAAGGUGGCGCGUUGUGCUUUGGGGGUYGUAUGUACUGAAUUGAGCCAAGAAGAGCGUUUGUGAGCGUCUGGUGCUGAGUGAAAAUAGUGGCUGGGAACGAGGAGGGUUUAGAAAUCGUUGGUGCCCCGUUCCCUACCACUGAUUAUUUAUUGAGUGUUCCUUGCUUUACCCCACACUCUUUGACCAGGAUUUUUUUUCUUGGGUUUCUUUCCACCUCUGUGUCUUCCAUUCUGCGAACUCAAAAGGUUCUCGAAAUGUCAACUGUCAAGGAGCAGCUUAUUGAAAAUCUAGUUGCAGAAGAUGCAGUCUCCCAGAGGAAGAUCACCAUUAUUGGAUCUGGUUCUGUAGGCAUGGCUUGUGCUAUUUGUAUCUUACUGAAGGAUUUGGCUGAUGAACUUGCCCUUGUUGAUGUUGCAGAGGACAAAUUGAAGGGAGAAAUGAUGGAUCUUCAGCAUGGCAGUCUUUUCUUUAGUACUUCAAAGAUUGUCUCUGGAAAAGAUUACAAAGUAUCUGAAAACUCCAAGUUAGUUAUUGUCACAGCAGGUGCAAGGCAGAAAGAAGGAGAAAGUCGCCUUGAUCUGGUCCAACGUAAUGUGACUAUCAUGAAAUCAAUCAUUCCUUCCAUAGUCCGUUAUAGUCCUGAUUGUAAAAUGCUUAUUGUUUCAAACCCAGUGGAUAUUUUGACAUAUGUGGUCUGGAAGAUAAGUGGUUUACCUGCAAGUCGUGUAAUUGGAAGUGGAUGCAAUCUAGACUCUGCCCGUUUCCGUUACCUCAUUGGAGAAAAAUUGGGUGUCCAUCCCACAAGCUGCCAUGGUUGGAUUAUUGGAGAACAUGGUGAUUCUAGUGUGCCCUUGUGGAGUGGAGUGAAUGUUGCUGGUGUUCCUCUGAAGUCUCUGCAACCUGACUUAGGAACGGACUCAGACAAGGAACAGUGGAAAACAAUCCAUAAACAAGUUGUUGAAAGUGCCUAUGAGGUCCUUAAGCUAAAGGGGUAUACGUCUUGGGCUAUUGGACUGUCUGUGACAGAUCUGGCAGGAUCAAUUUUGAAGAAUCUUAGGAGAGUGCAUCCAGUUUCCACUAUGGUUAAGGGCUUAUAUGGAAUAAAGGAAGAAAUCUUUCUCAGUAUCCCUUGUAUCUUGGGGCGGAAUGGCAUCUCAGAUAUUGUGAAGGUUAAGUUGAAUUCUCAAGAGGAGACCCUUCUCAAGAAGAGUGCAAAUACACUUUGGAAUAUUCAAAAGGAUCUGGAAUUUUAAAGCCUUUUAAUGUUCCAUUGUUUUAUAAAACAGAAAAUAGAAGAUUGUAUAUUUUACAUUUUGAGAGUGUUCUUAUCUGAUCUGUAAAGAAAUUUAAAAAAAUGGAGACCU